AUGGUGUCAGAGAAGAAAGAUGGAGCAACACUGCAUGACGCCAUCGAUGUGCCAGAAUGUGUCAGACCGGCAGUACUAAAGACGCUCUGUGCAAGCCUAAAUAACCUCAGCUCUCCUGACACUGUACAUGAUCAGCCAGACAAUCCUAACAGAAAUCCCGAAGAGCAAGGUCACCUUCUGCCCAAGGCUAUCACAUCACUGUCUGAUGCUGACAGUGAGCGAACAAAGCGGUACGGUUGGGCCUUCUUUAAACUUCCCACAUGCUCACAUGUAAUUCUGGUGUGGCACAUUGCAACCAGCCUCUGUGAGAUGAAGCUUGCUCAAGACCAUAAUGUCGACUUAAGCAAACAUGGGUUGCUGAACUCCGUCUUGUCAUACUUCGCAAGUUGCUGCACAUUGAAACCAUAUCUUUUGGAUGUGGAUGAGAAGACGAAAGAAAAGAAGAAAGUGAAUGAGAAGUUGCCUCACAAGCUCGAGGAAAUGUAUAUCACUGCGAAUAGCUUGUCUCGAUAUUGUGCAUAUCUGCUAGUUUCAAAGCCUGACCUGAUCCCUGACAGCUUUUAUGUACCCAAGAUGGUCUUACAAGAAACCGUGGCACACGCUCGUGAUCAUAUUCUUAAAAACUGUGACUCAUUGCAGAGCAGGUAUGACAAACUGAUGGAAGAAGCAGUGAAGGCCAUUCAAGAUGCCGACAACGUCAUGAAGAAUGAAGAUGUUGUGCGACUGGGUGCAAAGCUGGGCAAGGAACUGAUUGAUCAAGAGACUCAAGAAGAAUGCUGGGAGAUCCUGUCUGGGGUAUGGACAGAUUUACUAGUGCACCUUGCCCCUACUUGGAACGCAGAGGCGCACAAGGAGUGCCUCGAGUCAGGAGGGGAAUUCAUAACCUAUAUCUGGGCACUGCUAUGGCAUUGCGGAAUCGAGAAGAGCAAAUUAUGGCCAGUGGAAGAUGUGUGUGGAAAUGAUACCCCUGGAACACCACCUGAGGACAACAGUGUUCGAAAUAAUAGCAUUCAGCAUUCCCAGCAGAGUUGUGUAGCAGGACCGAAGGAAGAAAGAGAGGAAACUGACAUACAGAGACCAGAGAUCCAACAAGUUGAAACGCUAAGUGCAGAUACGGCUGGUCAUCAGAAUGGGCAAAGUGGCAAUGUAGCGGUUAGAGGGAUGCAGAAUGGAGGGAACAGUUGUUACUUCAAUGCAGUCUUGCAGAGUCUCCUUGCACUUGAUAAGCUGCGUGCAAGGAUGUUAGGACCGGAUGCUCUGACAGGGGACCUUGGUCAGGAACUGCAGAAGCUCUUCAUAAUAACAGCCAAUACCAAUGGCACUGGAAGUGUGCUGAUGCCAGAGAAGCUCUUCUCAUAUAUGUGCAAAAGGAAUUCAGAUUUCAGAACUGGCAUGAUGGAAGAUAGCAAUAAUAUGCUUGGUUCCUUGAUAGACGGUUUGAAGAAUGAGGAACGUACGAUGGUCGAGUCACUCUUCCGCAGUGAGGUCGUUAAACAUGUUUACAGCAAAAAGUGUGAGCACACAUCGGUUACCACCGGCUGCGAGUACCUUGAUCUCAGUUUGGCAAUACCACCAAAGAGGCCUGCAUCAAUCGAGGACUGCUUGGACUUCUAUGCCACUGGGGAGAUCGAGGAUUGGCACUGUAUGGACUGUUCAGCUGCCGCUGCUUCUGGAAAUUCAUCUUUCAACCAAGAAGAUACAACAAACUAUGAUGGCCAACCUGAACAGCAGGAGAACAAAACAUACGAAAAGGGGGAAUCCAGCCAUCAAGCUGACAAACAAACAAGAAUACCGAAUCAGAACAGCGGAAAGCUACCGAUGCUUGAUGGCAACUCAAGUCAAAUGGAAGAGAGCCAUAAAAAACAGAGAGAGGAAGAGAAGAUAUACAGAGCUGCAACAGUAGAAUAUCGUAUUAGUAAGGCGGCACCUAUACUAACCAUUCAGCUGAAGAGAUUCAGCUAUGUCAUCUCGGAUAGUCCAGACAAGUUGGAAGAACAUGUCAUCUUUCAGGAUACACUUAAUAUGAAAAAGUUCAUGGACCCUGGACAUACGGAGGAUGAUGAGCACAAAUAUCAUCUGGUUGCAGUAAUUGUGCACAAUGGACCAACCCUGGGCGAAGGACACAUUUUUGCUUAUGUGAGAGCAAGCCAAAUCGGAUGUCAGCAGCAGGAGCGCUGUGGCACUCCCACAUGGUUCCGCGCAAGCGACGAGAGCAUCACAGAAGUGUCACUAAAAGAGCGGCGGCCAGGGACGUAAACUCCGCGUGUGCAGAGGCCGCGACAGGCACGAUGCGAUGGCAGCGCGUCCGGCCCAGGUCGGAGGCGGUGGAGAAGGGAAGAGAUGGGUCGGAAAAACAUGUAUAGAUAGAUGCUCUGAUAAAGAAAUUUCUGCCCACCUGAUCCCCUGGCUUGAGCACGGGAAUCUGACGGUGCUACAUGGAAAAUCAACAGGAACGAUUGCGAUCAGGAACGGAAAACAUUCCAAACUGUUCGGGUUUAUGAUUUAUUCAUGAGACAUGUCAUACUUUUUA